CCCACACACACGCGCGCGCCGCGCAAAGAAUCAGCGGGAGUGGGCAUGCGCAGGACGCUAGUUCUGCGUGUCUACCGCGGCUGGGCGGCUUGCUUUGAGCAGGCGCAGGACUGAAAAGGCUCUUGCGCCGAGGAGGCGCGGGGUAGAGCCGCGGAGGAUUGUGGGAUAUUGCGGCCCAGGCUGGUUGGUGGCGAAACGAUCGCUCGGCGGCGGUUAGUUGCGUGCGUGACGGGACUGCGAUAGCUCGACGGGAAGCGCUGAGGGACACAAGGAGGAGGCCACCGUCCGGUUCUCCAGGGUCGUGGCGACCCCCUCUCCCCUCGAUGUGUUUGUAGUGACGGGGGCAGGAGGAGGAGGUAGCGCGAUGGCUUCAAGCAGCGGCACCGACGUGAUCCAGGUCACCAACGUCUCCCCGAGCGCCAGCUCCGAACAGAUGCGGACUCUCUUCGGCUUCCUGGGCAAGAUCGAGGAGCUGCGCCUCUUCCCUCCCGAGUGAGUCCCGCGCUUAUGGCCGCCGCAGUCGCGCCUCAUACAGGCCUAGGCCGCAGGGUGGCCUAGUGGAGGCCGCGGAGCCUCGCGCUCGGCUGCUUCCGAGCGCGGCGCGCCUACCAGGCCCAAAUUGGUGGGGGCGACGACGGAGGAGGAGGAGCAGCUGGGCGCGAGGUUGCGAAGGCCGCCAUUCUCAAAGCCAUGGUCUCGCCUCACCAUCUUGCGCUGGUGGAACUACAGUUGCUCCCCCCCCCCCCCGCCAUUACACUUCUCUUCAGGGGGCGAAAGCGACGCCAUUAGUCGCUUCGCGUUCCUUUCCCCAGCCGCGUCUUUGAGACGUAAUUUAAAGCCGGGCUUGAAGCAGGUAGAAGAGGGUAUCGUGGCGAGUACUUCGCCGUGGACCUGCAAGGGUUUCUUAACUCCCAAGUUGUUUAAAAGGAAAGGAACAAUGGAGUGACUUCUGCCACCACAGUUAAGCUGGCGAAAUGAAGAGAAGUUAAUCUAUAGUGGACUUUGCUGUGUGUAAGGACCGUGCGCUCAACUUCGUUCAGUUUAGGAUGUGCUCAAAGAGGGUCGCCCCCGCUCGUUUGUAAUUGUGCCCAAGCUCCGUGUUUUUUGGUUUUUUUCCUGAGCCAAGUGACUGAAAAUGCUGAAAUCAGCCCAAUCCUUCAGCUGAGCGUAAUUUAUGGAGACAGUAACACAUUGAUUGAUUUAUUAAAUACACGUGCUGCUCUUCCAGAGGAGCCCAAAUUUAUAUUUGCACCAACAAAUGUUCACAAUAUGUUAUAUGAACUGUACUGUGAACACCCCUUGAACUUGAUAAGGGUAUUUAUUGUAUAAAAGGCGCCUUUAUUUACACUUCUGGCGAGUGAUUUUCCUUACUGGCACUAUUUCACUGAUGAUUCUUGUUACCUGGUUUAGCAUGGCCGUAUAGUGCAAGUUGCAACGUUACAUAUACACAUUAGCAAGAGGUUUGUGUGACUCCAGUCCCAUUUUAUGCUACCUACAAACCAUACAGUUUAAUUUUUAAAGUUAACAUGCACUGAUAAUGCUGAAAAGCAGUAAUCUAUACUGUCUGCAAAUUUUUCAAAAAAUAAGGUUAUGUUGGUUCUGCUGGUUUGUAAAUGAAACCUGGGAGCAGGAGAACAUUGGUAAGGCCUCCCCCCUCUAGCACCUCCAUAUUAUUGCUUUUAGAGUUCUCCAGGAGUUUGAGGGCAAAGAUCUGAAGUGGGGAACCUCCUCAAUAAGUGCCCUGCAAUGUGCAGUCCUGAUUAAAAUCCCAAGUACUUUAUACACUUUGGUUUUGCAAAUGUUAGUCAUGUGGAAGUUUAGUUUUAAAAAAUACAGUAGACAAUGCAAGAUUGACUUCAGCCAACCUUCCUUGCUCUAGAGCUCUAUUAUUUGUCUGAUAGGGUGUAAAAACCAUGUGUAAAUCAUAUUUACAGUGGUGCCCCGCAAGACGAAUGCCUCGCAAGGCGGAAAACCCGCUAGACGAAAGGGUUUUCCGUUUUGGAGGUGCUUCGCAAAACGAAUUUCCUAUGUGCUUGCUUCGCAAGACGAAAAUAUCUUGCGAGUUCCUGCGGGGUUUUUUUCCUCCCCCCCCCUUUUCCCCAAGCCGCUAAACCGCUUAUCAGCUGAUCAGCUAAGCCGCUUAACAGCUGAUCGCUAAGCCGCUUAUCAGCUGAUCCGCUAAGCCCCUAAUACUGUAGCGCUAAUCCGCUAAACCGCUAAUGGGCUUGCUUCGCAAGACGAAAAAACCCGCAAGACGAAGAGACUCGCGGAACGGAUUCUUUUCAUCUUGCGAGGCACCACUGUAUACCUGCUGUGACUAAACAAGGUCUGUCUUGUCACCACCUGCCAUUGUUCGUUUCUGUGAGCCACAUCUGUACAUAAUGUUAAGUAAAUACUAAUUCUCAGCCUCAUCAAUUAGUGUUUUCUGUCGAUUAAACUAAGGCUUCAAUCCUAUAUACUCACUUACCUGAGAGCAAGUCCUAGUGAACUCAGUAGGACUUACUUUAAGUAGAUAUUAAAGGAUUAUUUUGUAAGUCUGGAAUAUACGUACACUUGUGAGGGAGUAUAUUUUAGAAAUAGGCAGUAGAAUGUGUUUUUCUGGAAAAUGUAAUAAUACUAUAAAUUGAUUGAUACCUUGAUUUGACAUGUUUGAGUUACAGUUAGUAAAUACAACUUUUUAAAAGUAUGGAUUGUUUCCAAGGCUGCAUCAGUUGGGUAUCCCCCAACCCUGGAGGGGUGAUUAGAUUCUGUUGCAUGCAUGGAAGUCCCUUGCUUCAGCAGAGCUAAGGUGUUGGAUCUGGCCCUGGGUCAUAUUAAUCUUACUUGCUGAAAUACUCUGUUAGGGAAACAUUAAGCAAAAUGCAGUUAUGCUGCAAUCCUAAGCACACUUAUCAGGGAGUAAGCACCGUUAGCUAGAAUGGAAUUUACUACAAAAUAAAUAAGUACAAGUUCAAACACAUUCAAAAUUUUACUUGGAGAUUGUUUUUAUUGGAUUCAAUUACUCAUAAAUGUCUUAGGAUAGGACUUGGGAACUCAAUAGCAUGUACUUCACUUGUUUAAAUGUUAAGGAAAGUAAUAUAGGUUUCACACUUCUCAAUAUUUAGGGCAAUAGUAUGUUCCAUUGAAAAUAAGUGUAUAUGAAUUUAAAACUAUGCGUGGUAUAUAAUGAUAUAAUUAUGUGUUUAUUUAAAACACUACUAUACCACCCUUCAUCAAUAAUACUGGGGUAUUUUAAUAGGAUAAUACUAUUCCAAUAAGAGCAAUACAAUAAAAUACAUUACAGUCCAUAGUGGACCAGCCAGAUCAUGCCCAGGGUCCAUAUUAACAGCCCACAAAUAGGCAUUUAUUGAAGAGUGAAGAGGUAGGUCUCUAGAUAAAAUUGAAAGCCCAUCAGAAUUAUUGCUUGUUUUAUUUUGGGGGAUGGGGAGGCACAUACUUAGAAGCUGGGCACAACGAUGGAAAAAGCCUUCUUGAUAGUAACAAGAUUCAGUUCAGCAGACUACAACACAAGUGGGAGGGCUUUAUAAAAGUGCUUAGCACUCAGACAAGUCUAUAAUACCCAACUCCAAAGCUGUUUAUAUUUAAUGUGCUUCUUGUGGAUAGUAACCUAGACAAAGUUCAUUAAAACUUUUAAAUUGCCCAGUUUGACUGAUACUAGGUCCAUUAUUUUACUAAUUAAUUUCAGGAAGCAGAAGGUGUAUUGUUAGAAGUGAAGAAAUGUUCUGCUACAUUUCAUCCGGGAUAAACCUUCUAGCAACCUUUGUGGGUUGAAAAAUAUGUUUGUUCCAAAUUAGCCCAGACUAGGUGCAUGACAGAAUCCCGUGUCAGUCACCUAUUCCUGCUUUUGAAAUCUAUCUGCAACUAAUUUUAGAUGGUGAAGGGAAAUUGAAAUGAUGAAUUUUCUACCUUUACCACUAGAUGUCUCUUCCUCCAGAGAUAAAGGUAUUGUGCUGCUGCCCAAAUGAUGCCCUAGUAUGGUAUACACAUCUAUUGUGCAGCUGUGUAUGACCUUAUUUUGUAAUAGCGUCUCUUUAUUAUUUUUUUGCAUGUAGUGACAGCCAGCAAACCACAAUGGUAGUAGAGAAGGCUAAUACCCAUCAGAUCUCUUGCCUCUUGUGGCUGCUACAUUUAAUGGCAAUGUAGUAUAAUAUGAAAAUAAAAUACCAUUACAACUCACUUUCAGUUUCAUCUUCAGUCAAGUAAUUCACUGAUUUUGUUGGUCUUGCAUUUAAUAUUCUUCCAAUUUUUUUCCUUUCUAGUGACUCCCCUUUGCCUGUUUCUUCCCGUGUGUGUUUUGUAAAGUUCCAAGAACCUGACUCCGCAGUUGUGGCUCAGCAUCUGACAAAUACUGUAUUCGUUGACAGAGCGUUGAUAGUCGUACCAUAUGCAGAAGGUUUGUGAAUUGUUUAAUGAUCUAUGAAGCCAUAGAAUAAUGGUACUAAAUCCUGAUGUAGCUUAAUAGCAUGAAGUUUAGCACGUAAAACAUUGAAGCUAUUUACCUAUUUAAAACCCUUGGUAUACUGACGCUGCUUGCUUUUAUCCAAAAGUGAAACAAUUAAUUAUUCAAGCAAAAGCUGGAACUUGCCUGUCAGUCUUUUUGCAAAGGCAUUUAGAAUAUUGAUAUGUUUAAGCAGCAUUAUUUGAAUUUUUGUUUCAUCAGGCCCCUUCAAGAUAAGCAGUCUUUUAAAACUGAUACGUUUAAACAAGAUAACUUGCAUUAAGUAACUUGGCAUGUGUUGUCGUAUGAUUCAUUCUCAUAGAGAGUGAGUGGAAAUGUGCUGCCAGUUACAAGGCAAAGUUCUGUUUAUCGUAGUUGACAAUAAUAAUAAAAAAAUACCCUCAGUACAAAUUCUGGUACACCAAGGGUUUGAUCUCAAUUAGACAGAAAAUAUAUCCAAAGGUGCUAAAUGAGCACUGGGUGUUAGAUCUUAUUCCGCAUUUUCUUGUUCAGCCUUGCUAUAUUAUCUAGAAUUUCACUAAAUAAUAAACUCUUCUCUCUGUUAUUUGUGUGUGUGAUUUUUGUAGUGGAGAAGGCAAAUGCAAAGGCCCUUCCAGAUGACUGAAACAGUGGGGUCCUCUGCAGCUACAGGGGAUUCUAGACAUUAACUAAAGGCCAGCAAGCACUCAAGUCCCCAAGUGUUUUCCUGGUGUAAUCACUUGUUAACAACAUUUUUUCUCUCUUCUUUUUCUUACAUUUUUAGGGUGUUACAGUAAUUUGAAAACAAUGAGCAGGGUUUGGGAACAUAAUUCAUAAUUCAGUACCAAGAAGACUGCUCUUCUAACGAGUUCUAUUAAACUUCUGUAGAUUUCAUCACAACUAUUUCAAAGGCACCAUUAAUUGAUAAAUUAGUUAAAUCGCUUGAUUACAGUAAAAUAUGUGUAGUCUUGCACUUAAUUCCUGCACUCACAGGCAGCUGGAUCUCAUGGAGGUCAGUGGGAUUUAAGCAGCCUAACUAUGCAAGAUUGUAGUGCAAGUCUUACCAUUACCUGUUUUUAUAAAAAUAUGUUUACACAUUAACAAGGCAGAGGAAUAUGCAGUGUGCAGACCUGGCAAAGACCUAGUUGUAGGAUAUUCCUCACUGAAGCUAUAAGUAGUGUAAACAACUUUUAAUUCUGAUCAGUUUUAAAUUUCAGAGUAGAAUAUUUUUAGAAUGUAAUUGCUUCUGCUUUAGUUUGGACAAAAUAACAAUUGAGAUAUAAUUGUUCUUGCAUGAACAUCUACAUAUCAGGGCCAAACUAGAUAUGACAGUCUUUGCAUUUAAACAUAGACUUUCCCCAGUCACAUAGAAAGAGCAGUUUGGAAGUUGAUCUAGAACAGUUAAAGAACUGAAGUGCACAGAAUCCUUCCUGUGCCUGCAGCUUAACUUCCUUGCAAUCUGUCCCUCUGUGUUUUUAUCCUUAUCUGAGCUGUGAUGCUGAAAAUAUGCUCAAUGUUUGCAGAAAGGGGCUGUGGGGAGGUAAGAGCAGGUUGGGGUAGGUUUCAGGGGCUCUCGCAGUUUUGCUUUUAUUAUUAAAAAUGGACCCGGACACCCUUUUUAUGUGAUUGGGGGAGGACUGCUGCACUCAUAUCUAGUUUGGCUCUAAUAGCAGCAGUCCUGCCCUGUCAAUUUCGUUAAGACCUAAUUUGGCUCCUACAGAAUCACCAUGUUUUAAGAGUUUAAUAUUUUUAUCUUUGAAAAUACAAUGUUCAUUGUGCUAGAAAGAUAAAUCUGGCACUAAGAAAUCAGCCAAAUAUAUCACUUGAAAAUUUCCUGAAAUUUGUUUAAUGCAACUUAAGUAGCUGUUAUUGUCAGGGCCUCAAUUUGGUGAUGUAGGAUAUGUGUACAGCUGUGUAGUUUGUGUGAGAACUAUAAUUGUGGACACAGUACUGUAUAAGUGUACUAGGGUUUUUUUCUGUGAACUUGAACUACUUUGUUCUUGCAAUUCUUCCAUGUCUAUGGAAUCAAACAAACUACUCAUCAGUGGUUCAUAUUGCAAGAACCCCAUUUCUGCUAGGUACUUAAGCAUCAUUCAGUGAGGUAUUUCAAAUUGAGUGGGAUUGUUCAUAUGCAUUGAACCACAUGCUUAAGUACUCUGCUGAAUUUAGUUCUUGAUUUUUAACUAGUGGGGAUGGGUUUACCAUUACCUAACGAAGUAUUAAAAUACUGCACUGUGCUAAUCACAGCUCCCUGUAUCACUUACAUUCCUGUUCUUUGUGUGUUCAUAUAUCUUGGUGUUGGCUAUUGCUUUGUGUUCUAGACUUACACAAAGUUCACGGUAAGGCAUAGUACUAUAAACUUCACUAUGAAAUUCAAGGAUUUGGAAGGAACUCAGGUAUUAACAGUGCCUUUGGGUGGGGUUGUGUAGGUUCUUUGGUUAAUGUUUGUUUAUUUUGUCUGUUUCUUUUUCUUCAUUUCUACACAUUCAUGCAGUAUUUCAUGGUUCUAACAAAGCAGCAGUAAAAAACACUUGACGCAUGAAAAUUAACUGGUGAGGGGCCUCAUUGCUUUUUUAAAAAUUGUAGUUUUAUUUCUGAAUAACUUUUUUCCUAAAAAUGAGAGGAUCAGAUGCAUGACUACUUAAUGGAUGCAGAUCUUCUAUGAGGUGUCUCAGGAUAAGAGGAUUUUUAGUUAGAUGCCAGAAAUGUUAUAGUUGCACUAUUUGUGUGUAAACAUAAAUAAUAUCCUCUGAGACAUAAUUUUGCAUGCAAAAUUAUCCCAUAAUCUCUCUAGAUAAUGUUUAUAUUGAUGCAUUAAUGCCCUGUAUCUAAAUGACCUUCCCCCCCUUUUCCCACCAUAACUUUUGGUAUUGAAAUUAUGACAGCUCAGUGACAGAAGAAAGAUAACAGUGCUGUGUAUUAUACAUUUGUUUAUAUUAUCGGCACUUCUCAGUAUAGGUGGAAGGAACCAUUACCUUUAUUUAACAGUGGUUUUUCUUUUUUGUUGUUGUGUUUUACAGUUCUUUUCCCUGGUUCAGCCUGAACUAUAUACCAGGCCCUGCUGAAAAUACCACCCAACAGUUUUCUUCUGCAGCUUAUCCAGUUUCUCUUAAGUGCCCUGUACAUAUUGUAUGUUUUAUGAUGAGAUGCAGUCUUUUUAAUAUGUAUUUCAGAAACGCUACUGGUAUUUGCAAAUAUAUAGUACAGUUGUCUUAUUGAACUCUCAUAUUGGGGGCUUGGGCACAUUAAAAGAUUAAGCCAUACGUAUAGGGCUUUUGCUGUUGGAUAAAAUUACAACGAUCAACAUUACUCUUUGUCCCACAUUGGAACUCUUUAGUAAGGUUAUUCUCUAUUCAGGUUAGGCAGUAAAACUAGUCCCUUGCAGGCUACAAGGCUGCAGAGCAGAAAUUUCUUCUGAAAUGGCAAUAUGCAGCAGCAUUCUUGGUAUAGUAAGCAUGACAAACAGUGGAGCAUGUACUUUACUGCACAGGUAAGGAAUGUGCCACAUUUUAGGCAUUUACAUAAACACAUACACAUGGACACAUAUGCAGAACCUUUAUUUGAAGCUCUGUGGAGACCUUCAUAUCCAUGUGACAUGUCAGCAAAAGCCCUACAUUUUUUUCUUACCUUCGCUUAAGAUUUACAAAAUUGUAUGGUAGGUGUAAAAGAAAUCAUAGUGAACUGUACCAUAUUAUUAACCCCUAAAUCAAACUUUUUUUGUCUUGUGUAUCUUGAUUUUUCUGUGUGCUUUAUAGUGAAGCAGCCGACACGAGUCGUUGUUCAUAAAACAGCUUUUGAAAGUUGAGAGCACACCCCUGGAGAACCGACUGUGCUUGCUUACGUUUGGUUCAUGACUUAAAAAUCGAGUACAGGUGAUGAAAUCUUGGCAGUGUUAACAAACAAGUAGUGUGUAUUGUGCUAUUUUUUUAUUCUAGAACUUAACCUUUUGUAGAGAAAAAGGAACAGUCAAAUUUUCACACAUUGAAGUUUCAUUCUGGCAUACAAAUUAAUGAUAAAUUAUUAAGAGAUCAAACAUUGUAUUAUAGCCAACAUAAGUACUUGCAGCAAACUCAGGUGGUGUUUCAGGGAGACAUUUUCUGGGUGUAUUUGUGUGUGUGGUUUUUUAAAAAAUUAGUGAUGAGUGUCUUCUAAUGCAAAGCUGUCUCUCUGCAGGAGUUAUUCCUGAUGAGACUAAGGCUUUGUCUCUUCUGGCACCAGCUAACGCUGUGGCAGGUCUUCUGCCGGGGGGUGGACUCCUGCCUACACCCAACCCACUUUCUCAGGUAAGUAUACAUCUUACGAGAUGUAUACUAGAAUGUACAACUGUAUAUAUCUGUAUUUUCUGAGAUAACACCCAUUGCACCAAAACAAUUAGAAAAAAUGUAUAACAGGAGUGUGGCAGGUAAGAAUCCAGAUAACCAUGCCUCUCGCUUUAAAAAACUAUCUGGUUUGAAACUUGAUUAAUGGUUAUGCUUUGAAAGAUGUCCCAUUUAUUCAUUAAAAUAUAAAGUGGGAAGACAUGCCAGGGGUGGGGAGACUAGCAGUUUUUAUAGUUGCAGAAGUGACUUUUGCAGUCUUCUGGGGUGUCCCCACUUCCAGUAUAACAGUGCUUCUUCAUGAGCAGUUAGUUGAGAGGAUUAGCUGGCUGCAUAACAACUGCAUCAGCUUAUAGGUUGAAGAAAGACAGUUUUCAGGCAGGCAACAAGAACUGUCACACUAACACACAGUGUGAUACUGGUAAUGCUAUUCUUAUUUCUCACACAGCCUCCACAAUACUUUCCCUGGACGCGGAUUGGAGAGGAGGGAAAUGUCAGAACAUUAAUUUCUAAAGUCAAUCAGGGAAACUAAUUUGAAAAUCUUAAAUCGAUUAAUUGGGUUAAUUAAUCGAACUUUGCAUUCCUAACUAAGACACACAUGCUAUAGAUAACAGGGAGUGAUAGUAUAUAUGCUUUGCAGAAAGCUCAGAUUCAAUCUCCAGAAUCACUAUUCAGAUAGCAGAUAACAGGAAAUACUUUUUCAUAUGCUGGAGAGCUGUUACGAUUUAGCGUAGAAAAUGCUAGGUUAGAAUUAUAGUAGUCUUACCCCUAUAUAAGUCAGCUUCCUAUGUUGCUUCAUAUUAAUGUGCUGCAAGUCAUUUUACAGCAGUACUUGAACGUUAUGCAGAACAGUUCAAAACUAUUCCUUGCCUUUUUCAGAUGGUGGAAGCUGUUUUCUUGAUUGUACAUUCUGGUAUAAUAUGCUGUCUACCUCUAUUGAUUCUCUUUAUUAUAGAUUGGUGCUGUUCCCUUGGCUGCUUUAGGAGCUCCAACUCUUGACCCGGCCCUGGCUGCUCUAGGGCUUCCUGGAGCAAAUUUAAACUCGCAGGUAUAUUGCUUGUGUUACAUUCACAUACAUUUAAGUUUAUUUUUAAUUUGUGAAUUUAACAAGGGGGGAGGAAAAAAUAAAAAAUUGUAAGCAUAAUUUUUUGAAAAUGAAAAAUAUUAUUAAUGUAUACUACCAUCAUUGCACCUUAAGGGUACAGUAGCCAUCAGUACAGCCAUCUUGUGUCAAUAAUCCAAAUAGGUACCCACACGAAAUUGGUGUCUGUAAGACAUAUGUUCAGAUAUAGCCAGGGCAGCGAGGUCCUCGGACCACUGCAUGCAGAUAGCAGGUGUUUAUCCUUUAAGGCUUGCAGUAUAAGUCUUUCAGCAACUAAGGGCUAGCAGUAUCCAUUUUUUGGUUGUGCCUUUAAUUUCUGUACUGUGGGAAUAUAAUUUCAAAGUACAUGAGCAUCUGCAAAUAUAAAGUAUUUUGCCACUACAAAAUUGAUAUGGACAGCAACUUCAGACCACUGGAGAAGUUCAUACCAUAUGUCUCAAUGAGGCAUUUUCAGCAUUACACCUCCAUCCAGCAUUAUCGGUAAUAGACAGUGCCUUCCUUUACAGAUGUUGUAGAGUGCAGCAUACCUGGAAUAUUAAUUUUUGCUGUAUCUAUCUCAAUUUCAAAUCUAAAGAAACAUUUCAUAUUGAUUUUGAAGCAUUUUUUAUUUGUUUAGGCUCUACUAUAUACUGCUUUGGACACUAUAUACUGCUUUGAUCUAGAAUUUAAUGAAACUGAUACUUAACCAAGAACAUUCAGCAAUGAGUUAAACAUGAUUUUACAUCAAGCAUUACACCACCAGUAUAAAAAUUACAAUAAUUAGUCUUUCUAUUAUUUCUAUAGAUUUGUAGCUAUCUCCCCAAGCCCCAUUUGUUUAGAGACUCCAUGGAAUUUACAUUUGUUUAGUCCUGCAGGGUUCAAACUGUGCUUUUUAACAUCAUGAAAAUGCAAGAUUUGAGAUACAGUGUCAUUGAUACCCAACACUAUUCCUCCAUUUCAUAUAAUUCAGAUGAAGCAGUUGAUUUGUUAAAUCUUUAUCUCAGCCCAGUAAUGGAUCAGGGCCUAUAAAGCUAAAUCCGGACAAAACAUUUGGUGAAACUUUGGUCUUUAUCAUUACUCAUGUUCAUAUGACCCAUUUGAUAUAUAAAACACAGGGUAGCACUACCCACUGGCAGAGCUUCUUGUUGUAUAUAUUUUAUUUUGCUUUAAAAGUUUUAUUUGAUUGAGAUUUUCUUAAAUAAAUGAAAUGGAUUGUGUGUUUAAAAUCGUACAGUCAUACCUCAGGUUACGAACGCUGCGGGUUGCGCGUUUUCAGGUUGCAGACUGCACCAAACCCGGAAGUACCGGAACAGGUUACUUCUGGGUUUCAACACAUGUGCAGAAGCGCCGAAUUGUGUCACAUGCGUGUGCAGAUGCAGCGCUGCGGGUUGCGAACGUGCCUCCCGCACGGAUCGCGUUCACAACCCAAGGUAUGACUGUAUUCAUGUGGCCUGUCCUCAAAGCCAAAGUUUUGCAAGAGUUAGUUAUUGUUACUUCAUCAGCAUAUUCUGUAUUAUGAACUCUUACUCAUUCUCUUUAGGGGUUCUCUCUACUCAAACAGGGCAUCACGCAGGCAAGCUCUAUAUUUAUAUCUAUGGUCAAUUGACCCCCACUAUCCUAUUUCCUAGUGUGGCUAGAUUUGAUUAGAUUUGCUUACCUUUAAAAAUUUUGCAGAUGAAAAUUGCUGGAAUCUUUAGAGUCGCAUACCUAUCUAUUAUAAAGGUUAUGUAGAAAACUUGUAAUCCGGAGCAAAAUUUCUAAAGUGUGAGUCUCAGUAAACUCAGUGCAACUGACUUCACACUAAACAGAUUAGGAUUAUGUUGCAUUGGCUAACUUUAAAAGCCCAUAGUUAUCCACCAUUGGAGUUCACACUUGGGGGUAACACAACUUCUAAGCAACUAUCCAUCUUGGAGACUAGCUAUAUAAGAACUUUUGACCCGUAGUCAAGCUUAAUAUAUAAUUUAGCUUGUAAAAUAAAACUGUAGGCACAAUUGAUAAUUAAAUGUGCAUUGCAACUUUAAAAUCUAACAUUACUGACAAGAACCACAUCUGUCAGUUAAAGUACCAAUAAUGUUUAGAAAACAAUUGCUACAAACAUAGUACAAGUUUAGCCUCACUCUUUUCACUCAACAGCUUAACUGUUAAACCUUUGGCAUUUUAAACAAACAGUAAAAUAAAGACCGGUUCUUCAGCAAACUGGAUGCCCUCAAUCAAUGCAGUUCUGACUACAGGUCAGAAAGAAAAUUGCUGUUUUUUGCCUGGAACACUGUGACCCUAUCAGAGAACAUUAGGUGACUACUUUCAUGAGGCAGAGAUUUAUUUAUUUAUUGCAUAUUCGCUUCUUUAAUCUGCAAAUGUCUGCUCAUUUGGGUUAGAUUUAGGGGCUGUUUGGAUAUUCUUUCCUUCCCUUCUGCAAAUUUUCAACUUCUUUCAAUGUUAAAAGCAAUUUUUUGAUUAAUUUUCUUUACAGUCUCUUGCAGCAGAUCAACUACUAAAGCUUAUGAGCACAGUGGAUCCAAAGUAAGUUUGAAUUUUGAUGUUUAAACUGUAUCAUAUUAUAAAAUAAAUUUAUAGGACACUUCAUAAGCUUAAAGCCAUUGAAGCAGUGUAAAAGAUAAAAAGAGAGUAAAACAAACCUGGAGAAUGGCAGUGCAUGCACAUCAUGAUAAACCAUAGUUAAUGGUUUACUGUGUACAUAUGAUUUUCCCUCUGCUUCUCCCACAGUCUGAGUGGGAGCCACAAACUAUAAUCCCUGGUUUAGCAUUACAUCCAAAUAAAGGAUCAUGGUUUAUUUGGGUGAAGCAAACCAUGAUUCUCAGUUCAGAUGUAGCGCUAAGCCAGGGAUCACGCUUUGCUGUUCCAUUCACACUACAGGAGAGAGGAGCAAAUUGGGAGCUGUCUUGGCAUUCAUGAUAAACCAUUAACUAUGGGGCAGUGUAAUCCAUGCUCAUAGGAAACUGAGGUCAGUUUGUAGAGAGCCUCUAGAGUAUUUUUAUUGUGGAAACCAACAUCUUUUAUUACAGAGGAAGCAACAUUUUUUAAUGCUGUUGCGGAUCCAAGGCCUAUUACAUUGCCAGCUCUUAACUUGUCUUUUUGCUUUUAAUGGUUAUAUUGAAGUUUUGAUUUUGUAUUUUUGGUCAGUUGAGUUGAAUAUAUGUACUAACUACCUAUUCACCCAGUUUUGGAUAAACAGAGAUGGAGAUCAGGACCACUCUAUUGGUUUUACUAAGAUGCUUCUCUUCCUUUGGUUUUUUCUCUCCCGCCACGAUUUUAAUCCCAACUGCAUACAAACUUUGAAACUUUUAGAAUUAGUGCCCAUGUUUGAUUGAGCCAUCAAUCAAGUGUUUUCUUACCAUCACUUUUUCCUUUUGUGUUUGUCUGUUAUGAGCCUAUGGGUGGGGACUCCUGUUUUAUUAAUCAUCUGUCAGUUCCUUUGUUACCAUUUUCAAAAUAAGGAAGGGAGUAAAAAUAAAUGAUAUAUUUUUGGUUUCUAGGCUGAACCAUGUAGCUGCAGGUCUCGUUUCACCAAGUCUGAAAACAGAUACCUCCAGUAAAGAAAUAGAAGAAGCCAUGAAACGAGUACGAGAAGCACAAUCCCUGAUUUCUGCUGCUAUAGAGCCAGGUAAACUGAUCUUGACUGUCUUUCUUGUAUUACAAAAACUACUUGUUGUUAGAAUGCCAAUGACAUCAAAUUCUGCAGGAUGGUAAGAAUGGGGGCAUGGGAUUGAGAAGAGCUCCAAGAGAUCUAUCCAAUGUCAACAAAUGGGCAAUGAAUUGUCAAAUGUUGUUCAGUGGAAGAAAGUAUAAAAUGAGGCAAAUUGGUGCUAUCUUUGUCCUUACGCUGAUGGGUUCUGAACUGGCAAUGGCUGACCCAAAGAGAUAUUAUGUAGUUGUGGUGAGCAGCUCCAUGAAAAAGAUCAACUCAGCCUUCAACAGUUGUGAAAGGCAAGUUCUGUGUUACGAAUAGUUAGGAAAGCAUUUAGAAAAAGAAACUGCAGAGACCAUAAUGAUUUCAUACAUCUGUUGUGUGAUCACACUUAGAAGACUGUGCAGCCCUAGUCUCAAAAAAGGAUAUCAUAGAGCAGGAAAACAUGAUGCCCAUCGAAAUGGGCAGUUCUUCUACAAAGAAAUAUGAUGUAUGGAGCUAUCUGGUUUAGCAAAAACGAUGAAUAAGGAAGAAUGUGAUAGAGGUGUAUAACAUUUAUGCAUGAAGUAGUUUUCUUCAUUGUGGGGUCAUCCAGCAAAACUGAAUGCUGGGAGAUUCAGGACUGACAAAAGGCAGUACUUCACACAUGUGGUGAUGGCUAGCUACUAACUUAGAGGGCUUUAAAGGGCAAAUAGAUAAAUUCAUGGAGGAUAAGGAUAUCAGUGGCUACUUGUCAUGAUGGAUGUAUACUACUUCCUGGAUCGGCAGCAGUAUUCUCCUGAAAAUACCACUUGCUAAGUAACAACACCAGGAAGCCUUUUGUUCACAUGCCCUGCUUAUGGGCUUCUCAUAGGAAGCAAAUAGACUUCUGCAGAAGAUGGGAUCGUGCGCUAAAUAAACCUUUGAUGUGAUCCAGCAGGGCAGCUCUUAAGAUCUCACCGUUGAACAAAACUUUGGCCUGCUUGUAGAUUUUAGGCACUUUGGCUUUAAAAAAAAAAUACCUUGAAAGUUCCUCAUCUCUUAAUGAAUGUAAACUUGCAAUUUCAUAGAAUGGUUGUGUUAAAGAAUUCAGGUGUAGGAAUUGAUGGUUUUUCUCUCGAGUAAAAAAACCUCAUUCAAUUCCAGCUUUUUGUACAGAGUGCCCCCGAAGGUGGGCAGCCAAACAUAGAUGUCAUAUGAUAAUGAAAGGAUUCCAACUUUUUAAUAUUUUAAUUCCAGAUAAAAAAGAUGACAAGAGAAGGCAUUCAAGAUCCAGAUCACGUUCAAGAAGGAGGAGAACUCCAUCUUCUUCUAGACACAGGUAAAAUUUAGUGAGGUGGGAUCAUUGACAGUCCAAAAUCAAAGUGCUUUAGGAUAUUUCUCUUGCUAUGCUCCUUUAUAAAUAUAUGACAAUAGAAAAGAGUUUUGUGUAUCUAGGAUUUGAAAGUGAGUAAAAGGGCAGACUUUUACCAGGUUAUGGGUGAAAUUACGUUGCACAGAACAUGUUCUCAAACCCUGAUUAUAUCCUUGAUUCAACAUAUUAAGCUGCAUUUGUUGAAUAUUAAAACUAACAAUUCAGCAUGGUUGGUGCUGGAAAGAGUUGCAUCAAAAGAUGGCCACAAUUAUUGUGAAGGUAACUUUUCUAACUUUUAAGGUAACUUUUAAGGUCAACUUCAUUGAGAUAAAUUGAGAAGUUGGUUAUGGGACAACUCAAUCACAGUAAGUAAAGUACGGUACAAUACAGUAAGAUGAAUAUUAAAUAUUAUUCUGUUCAAUAGACGGUCAAGAAGCCGAUCAAGGAGACGAUCUCACUCAAAAUCAAGAAGCAGGAGACGAUCUAAAAGUCCUCGGCGACGGAGGUCGCAUUCCAGAGAGCGUGUUAGAAGGUCUCGGAGCACAUCCAAACCCAGGUAAUCCCUAGAAACUUAGUACAUCCUUCAAUACGAAAAGUAUCAGAAUUACAAUCUUGGCUAUUAGAAAGUCAGAGCUAUAGCUACAGGAGUUUGAUAAAUUCAAUAUGCAAGGACAGUGAGAGAGCUAAUCUGCUUGUACCUUUUUUAUCUAAUUGGUUUUUUAGAGACAAAAAGAAAGAAGAGAAAGAGAAGAAACGGUCUAAAACUCCACCAAAGAGUUACAGCACAGCCAGACGAUCCAGAAGCACAAGCAGGUGCCGUAUAAUCUAUAAACUUGUAUUUACUUUGCAAAAGUAAUUGUGCUUAUCCUGCUGCAUCGGACUGACCAAAAGAGGGUUAUAUAAUAUCAAAGAAAAGCAUUUCCUUUGAACUACAGGGCUUCACAUAACAAAGAUAAUGUAAAACAAACUUAAUGAGUUCAUUUAUGUAAGUUUUCACUGUUUUGAGCGCCAGCAGACCCAUUUCAUGCAGGCAUCUUGCAGUCUGAACUGUAGGUAGGCAGGUUGCUCUUUCCUAUACACAUAGCCCCCUUUUACUUUCCAUUUCUAAGGAGUAACAAAACCAUAGGGUUGUAUCUGAAACUGUGUGAGCAGAAAGCAAGCUGAUGUGAGAGAUCUUUACCUUCCCUUCCUCGCCCCAUACCUUCUCCCCAAAAAGCCUGUCCAAAGGUCAGCUGUCCCACACACACCCAGCCAAGGAAGGCGAUAGUUAAUUCUUUAUUGACAAAAGCUUGCACUUACAGCAGCUCCUAAGGUGCACCAGAAGCAUACAAACGCUUCUAGUGUUUACGUAGCUGGCAUUAACUUUCCCAUGUUUGUGCCCCAGUGGAGCAGUUGAAGCAACAGUGGGACCAUGCACCCUCCCCCCAGGCUUAUGUAUCCUCAUUUGACGGAGUACACACACGCAACCUGAGACUUCUCUUGCACAGAAGUCAUUGCUGUACCUCCCUCUUCAAGACCCUCCUGGUUCUGUAUAGACAACAUGGGUAUGAUGGGAAUGUUAAAGUGAUACUAAAAAACAAUUGAGAUGUUUAUUUGAAGGCAUCUUGACUUCUGUUAUUAAUUACAGAGAAAGACGGCGCAGAAGAAGCAGAAGUGGAUCUAGGUCACCUAAAAAGCCCAGGUCUCCCAAGAGAAAGCUGUCCAGGUCUCCUUCACCAAAAAGGUUUGUUUGUUUAACAAAUCCAUAAACUGCUUUGGGAAGGACACAGUGAGAAGGCAGCUGUCUCAUUGUUGCAAGGAAAUCCUUGGAGCAUGUUAUUUUGUUAAUAAGUGUACUUGGAUUACCAUGACUGUGGCCAUUUGAGCAAACAAUGGUAUAUACUGGGAUAUGUUAAAAGGAUUAUAGCUUUUAUUAUGUUAUUUUUAUAAAUGUUCUUUGCUAUAUAACAUCAUGUCAAAAGUGGUGACCAUAUAAGUUGUAGAAUUCCCUCUUUUUUAUAUCUGUACACAUCUUGGUUUAUUUAGUGUCUCCAUUGUUGUCCUACUUUAUGGUUAAUUAGCGGCUAGUGCCUGAUGCUGCCUGUGAUUUUUUUGAAACAAAAAAUACUGUGUUUUUUAAAGGAACGGUGUAGUUUGUGAGUUGGACCUAUCACACCCAAAAUUGGGUGAAAUAAUUUCUUAGUCUGCCAUCUUGAUUCAGAAUGACGCCCAGAACCCUUGUGGUGAUUCUGGUAAUGGUAAUUUGAGAGGUGGCUGAAGCUAUGUCAAAAUGGCCAAAGUCACACUAAAGUGAUGUUUCAGUCCACCACCUUGAUUCACAACGGUGCCAAGUAGCAACGAAGUCUGCUGUCCCGCCGAAGGAACACUCAUGCUAAGUUUGGUGGUGAUAUUGCAAGAAGCAACCAAACCUGUGCCAAAAAUUGAAGAAGUGACAUUUCUCUCCACUGACUUGAUUUAAAAUGUCAGCCAGCAUCAAAACAUUUACAAAGAUCACUAUCCCCACUUUGUUUGGCAAUGAUAUCUCAAGAGGCAGCUGCACCUAUAGAGAACAAACGGACAGACAAAUCCCUUUCCAAAACAUAAAAUAGUUUAAAAUUUUGGGAUGAGAAGGUAUUUUAAAAACUAAAAUCAGAUUGAUAGGAGGGCUUGUUACAUUCAUUUUAGUGCUUGUAGCCCAUACGCUUGAUAUUUUUGUGUGAAUAAUUUCAUAUACUUCUAAGGAGAGUGGAAUUGUUUGGAUGGUUUUUAGUAAACUAGCUUUUAUAGAAUUAUAGGCAAGAGUAAAUUUCUUUAGCUUGAAUCUGAAUAUUACCAACAGAUCAGUUCAGCAAAAAUUUCACCCCUCGGCAGAACCAGUUUUGGAUGUACAGCUUGCCAUAACCAUACUUUUUGUUCAAAUUUGGCUUCUGUCUACUUGAAGGGGGCGGGAAGGAGAACUGAAAUAUUUCACUGAUCCUACAAAAUGCCUAUAUUUCUCAGUUUCUUGAAUUAUCUUACUGCCUUAGGCACAAAAAAGAGAAGAAAAAGGAUAAAGACAAGGAGAGAACCAGGGAUGAACGCGAGAGGUCAACAAGCAAGAAGAAAAAGAGUAAAGACAAAGAGAAGGAUCGAGAGAGAAAGUCAGAGAGUGACAAGGAUGUCAAAGUAUGCUUUAAAAAUCUGUUUUGUUUGUUUGUGCAAUGUCCUACUUAAUCCUAGAAUCCCAAGAGCCUUUAAGCAUGUCUUACAUAUUUUGCUUUGUGUUUUAUCUUGGCAAAGCAGGUCACAAGGGAUUAUGAUGAAGAAGAACAAGGCUAUGAUAGUGAAAAAGAGAAAAAGGAGGAAAAGGCAGCAGAUUCUACUUCCCCAAAACAUAGGGAGUCACCAGCCGAAAAAGGGAGCGGAGAUACAACAAGGGAGUCCAAGGUCAAUGGGGAUGAUCAUCAUGAAGAGGAUAUGGAUAUGAGUGACUGAAUAUUGCCUUGGCAGUGAAAACAGUUGCCGACAUGCAUCAGUGUCAUUCCUGUGUGAUUCCUUUAUGCUGUACUUGUUUAACCUUUUAAGCUAGAUGUACACAGCUGUAACUAUAACUGGUUGUAAAGCUCCUGAUAUUAAAUAAUUACAUCAAAAGCUUUAGAGAAAGUGAUGUCUGGGUUUCCAUUCUUGUUAUUGGCCAAACUGAAUUGAGUAGCCCAGCAGUUCUUAUUAAACUUGGUGCUGCUUUUUUCAUUUUUGAGCAAAAAGCUGCAUGCAUCUUUGGCAGGCAUGGACUGUUUGUGUUGUAUGAUCUUUUUAGUAAACCAGCUCACCUACAAUAGUGUUUCUAGAGUUUGAUUCAUUUGCGGUAAUAGAGCAAAAUAGGGAAUGCACUGGCUGCAUGUUAACUGUGGCAAGAACAUCCUCAUCUCCUACAACAUGGUGGAUCUACUAAGGGUCUUAAAUGUAGACAAAGAAACUAACAUUAGCUUCAUCUGGAAACAAACGUUCUGAUAGAGAUAGAUAACCUUUUUAGCCUUGUGGCUAAAUCUUUUUGUUGUGGAUUUGUUUGGCUUUGGCAAGGUUGAAAUGCACUAGCCUUUUUUGAUGCCCAAUGUAAGGUGAACUUCGAGUCUAAAUCCUUCUCAGGUGGUGUGUUUGAUUUUUGACAACUUGGACUUCUUGAGAUAGUAAUGCAAAACUUCUGUAAGACAGGAGGGAGUGAACCUUGUGUAGUUAGUUCUUCAUAACCUGCGUUUAUUUCAUAUUUGUAUGUGUAAAAACCCUGCAAAAAAGGAUAGUGCAUUUAAAAAAAUUGAACUUCAUGAUAAUUUUAAAACAUGAUGAUUUUAAAACAAGUCUACUUGAUAAUGUACUUGAUCGCAAGUUGUAUAAACUAAUAAAUUUGUGUUACAGUCACUGAAGUAGUAACCUUUUGCACACAGUGAUUUCCUGUUAUGCAAAGUAGUUGGGCAACCUCUUUUAGUUCUGGACGUUUUUGGAGCAUUUACUUUUGUGCUGGUAAAAACAAAAGUAGGCUACAGUCUGUGCCAUGUUGAUGUACAGUUUCUGAAAUUGUUUUACAAGACUUUGAUAAUAAAACCCUUAAAUAUACACUUGUAUUUGUACUACAGUGUACAUGUAUCUAUUUAUGCUAUUGACUUGUAUGGCAUUACCUCACCUGUCUCCUAUUCACGUUUCCAUUUAGGACCAGGCAUAAACUGAUGCAUAACUCUGCUUCCAGGCAUUUCCCACAUUACUUUGGGAAUGGGAGAACAAAAAACAAGUGUUACAGCAAGUCCUUAAAAGAGGAAAUACAAUGUAGUCUAAAGCUUUCGUUAUCACUGGAAUGUCAACUCCCUGACCUGUAUUUCUAUUUUUAAAAAGUGGGAAAAUAAGGUAACAUCCAAGUGCCAUUCAUUCUGAAUGCCAAUCUGUCAAAGAAAACUUGCUCUGAUAACCAGUGAAGGCUGAUAGAAGUUACAUGUUAGUAACCAUAUUGGGUGGGUAACCUGUGGCCCUCUAAAUGCUGUUGUACUCUCAUCAACUCCCAGCAGAAUGGCUGGGGGUUAGGAUGAUGGAAAUUGUAGUCCAGCAUCAUGAAAGUCACAGGUUAGCCAUACCUGACCUACAUUAUUUGUUUGAAUUUUAUAAAUUUAACACAAGUAGCAUAUGAAAAUGACAUUUUUCCACAGGUGUUUUACAGUGAAAAUUGCUAUUUAGAAUAACUUCUUAGAAUUUAUGGAUAUGUAACUUUCUAAAUAACUGUGAGGUAUUUUCUCAAUAUAGUGAAGUAUAUAAAGAAUGUCUCCCAGCCUUUUUUUUCCUAGAAAAAAUGUAACUUACCCUCAGAAGAUAAUGAAGCGCUCUUGUCUUUAGAUAGCUCCACUGAUGAGUAUGUGCUGGAAGUCUUGGUUAAUUGUUGUGGUUAUUUGUGACUAUACAAAGCAAUUCAAAAGCAACCCAUUUAUGCUGAGGUCUCAAAAGUAAAUUGAAACUGUUUUGGCGUUCCUAAGGGCCAAACUAGAUGAUGCAUUAAAUAUGAUUGUAGUUUCAUAUCUUCCCAAGUUUUGUUUUUUUGAAAAAUAGCUAUAUGAUGGGGAACUAGCCUAGGAAUGCAGAGAGAAGAGCCAUAACAUUUCCCCCAAACUGCGUGCAAACAAAACACACAGCUGUUAAGGGUGGAAACUGCUUCUUUUUUCUGUCAAACAGCUUGGGGGGGGUCUCCAAUGCCUUUAUUUAUUUAGACAUGCAAAUAUGAUUGUUUUUUAACAUCUAUUUUGGCCCCUUAGCGAGCUUGUGAAAAAUGCAUUAAUAAAAAAAGCAAGUGACUCAAAAC